CCAGUAAGUGAGGAGAGUGCCGUGUGCACGAGAUAAUUAGCUGGACUAUAUAUAUCUGCAACUGUCAGCCGACACAGUUACUUAUUCCAUUAUCUACGUGUCACUGCAGCAGCCAUGUUGAAGAUUCUGCUACUGUUUUGUCUUCUUGGCAUCUGCUCGUGCGCUGUCAUCCCUGCAUCAGUGUGUUCAAACAUGGUCUACUGCUUUGUGGCUCCGUGUAUGGUGACACACUGCCAAGGCUACCCUGAUGCCCAAUGCAGGGAUAACUACUGUGGAGGCUGUAAUGCCGAGUUCUAUGAUGCCAGCGGUAAACGCAUCCUUGACUGUAAUGCUUUCUGAUGAUCUUCUGAUGUUUUGAAAGUCCGAUAAGGAUAAAACCAUGUCUCUCUUGUUUAAAAGCUUAUGUUGAAAUUUAAGUUGAGAGGAAUUCGUUUUAACUGACACAUUAAAAUACUACAUACCACAAAGAGAUCAAAGCGUUUGAUUUUUGUGUGAGUUGGAGGGAGGAGGAGGAGGAGGAGGAGGAGGAGAAGGAAUGUCGGUGACAGUGGGGGUGUUUAACAGUGCUGAUGCUGUGAGAAAUGAUUUCAAUGGUGAUGUAAAUAUUCUUUACGAGGUUUUCAUCCUGUGUGUAUUAAAUGCACCUUUGUGGGCACGCUGUACAUACCUGGUCCAGCCCAUCGCAGGUGCAGGAGGAGGGAGGGCUUCAUACUUCAACGAAAGCUCGGAGAUGUAGAUGAAUCGUCUGAAUAUUCUGGCACUGCCGACAAGAUCACAUUUUACAAAGUCUUACUUGGUUGCACACUAUGAACACCAGUUACUUUCAGACGGCAAUGAAAAGCGAUUACAAGCUGAAUAGAGGGUAAGUAAACAGCUUUCUUUGAAACCGUUGAAUGUUCAUAGUAAUACUCUGUGUUGCUCAUCCAAGAACCUUCAAAGGUUUAUAAAUCUCUUUGAAAUCCAUUGUUUAAUUAAUCUUGGUGAUUAUCGAGAAUAUAAACUUUCAAACUUGUUGACCUUGCAGCCCUAUGCAAUGAGACUAAACAAACAAAGAAACUAAAUCAACAACAGCUGUGACUACCGGUCAGAAAAAUAUUGAUGCACGGCAAAGGUGGGGCACCAAGAGGGAUUUUUUUAUAAUUUCCCCAUCAUCUUUCUCCAUCUAGACAACUCAUUCUACAGUUAUACAACUCUUUUCAUAGCCAAACAAUUCAUUUCCUCACGGACGUAUUCGUGAUUUCAUAAAUAUAGAAUACAUUCUAAAGCUCAACAAUUUAUUCUUUAAUUUUAUAAUUAGACGGAAAUUUACUUUUUAAUGGAAAACCUCUUAUGUGGCCCCACAAUAGUGUAUUUUUAGCAGGUGGGUCAUUCCCCGUGAGGAAAGUGCCGUGUGCACAAGCUAAUUAGCUGGACUAUAUAUAUGCAACUCUCAGUCGACACUUACUUAUUCCAGUGUCUACGUGUCACAGCAGCCAUGUUGAAGAUUCUGCUUCUGUUUUGUCUUAUCGGCGUCUGCUCGUGCGCAGAGUGUCCGAACAUUGUCAACUGUUUCGUGGCCCCUUGUCGGGUGACAAAAUGCACAAAGUAUCCUAAUGCUCAGUGCAGGGAUAACUUCUGUGGAGGGUGUAAUGCCGAGUUCUAUGAUGCCAGCGGUAAACGCAUCUUGAACUGUUAAUACUUGCCUUUCUUCUUGCGACGCACUGGAGGUGUGAUGGGGAUGAAACAAUUCAUCUCUUAUAAUUCAUUUGUAAGAACACAAUAAAGUUCUACGCACCACAAUGAAAUUAAAGCGUUUAUUGUGUGGGUGGUUUGGACGGUGGCAAUGAUGGUGUUUCAAGAAUUGUUGUAAACGGUGAUGUAACUAUUCUUUAAAUUCUCUGCAAACUGGAUGUAUUAUAUGAAUUUUUAUUUAUUUUUAUUUAUUUUUUUUAUUUAUUUAUUUUUUUAUCAAUCUGCACAGCCCCUCUGUAGACCCAUCGCGAUUGUAGGAAGGAAAGCUGCAGAGUUCUGUAAAAUGACAGGUUGAUAGAGAAGCAUCAUCUCAAUAUUGUGGCCCUGGUACAACAACACCAGCUCACCGGACUACAACAAAAUGCGCAUGCGCGCGGGUGUGUGUGUUGAUUGCAGUGCCAGAGGUUGUCGCGUAACGCGAUCGGGCGUUGUAGGACUCGCUCUCUCAAAGACACACUCGCUAUCACACAGACAAACCUUCGCGCGCGCGACGCGAGCAGCGAAGCCAAUCACUCCUCAGUGGACACAAAACGCGCACACGAAGCGAGAAGACAAAACUAAAGAUUGUUGACUGUCAAAAAAAACAAAAAAAAAAAAACAACUAACAAUAAGGAAGAAAGGAAAGAAAAACAAAACAAAACGCCUUUCAUACAGGUGGCCAAACAAAACAAAUAGGAGAGAGCCUCACCAUAACACGCACGCACGAAAAAAAAAAAAAACAAAAACAAAUAAAAAAGGGAAUCAGACACACACCCACGUACGUGUACACCCGCUCCUCUAGCUAAUGGCGCUCGCGUGGUCCGACGCGGCCCUCAACUGUCAUCGCAGUUCAAAAGGUUAUUCCCCCCUUCCAAUGCACUGCCUGAGUCACCCCUUUGCCAGCCUGUGAUUACUUUUUAUCUUUUUACUUUCUCUGUGUUAGAAUGCUACAGACUGCAGAUUUCUAACUCUGUUGUACUUGAAAUAAUAAAGUUACCAAAUUAACGCAGGCCGAUGCUAUAAAAAUAAAAACAAGUGCAUUUUACAUUUUGGCAGACGAUGCCGAUCCAAAGACAUCCACAGGCCGUACGACUGGUAUACAGUUGUAGACUAAUGUAGUUUGCUUGGUGAUGGAGAGACGGGAAGAGAAAGCUUUAUUGUGUCGUAAAGUAACUGCACGAAACAAGCUUCUUUGACAUCUCACUAAGGGCUCAGAGGUUGUAGUGCCAACGGCGGGCGCCAUGCUCUCCAUUCACAGAGUGGCCAUACAUCAGUGACAUACCCAUCUCUUUACUGUCAAUUCCAACUUGCUUGCAUUCCCCUUCAGUGGCACAUUAAUUCACAGACCUCAAUGCACAAACGUUCUUCUAGAAUCUAGACGGUUCUUGCGCGACAAAUCCUGGGUGUCCAGCGGCCUCUGACACCUGACCCGCUACACCGACGGCCCCGCCUACCUUCGGCCUGGAAAUUGUAUACUGCAGACUUGAACCUUAACAUCUGCACGUGUAAUGUUUGGGUGCUCCUUCUUCAGACCAGAAGAAGAAGAAGGAAAACAAGAUAAGCUAGCAAUAUUUAUAUUUAAUAUUAAAAAAGCAGUUUUUCUUUUUAAAAUGAAAUACUGUAGCGGCGUGGACAGAUCUGCCGUUAAAAAGCACCAAUACUCGGCAAAGUCAGAGGAAAAGUUCCCCCCUACCACCACCACCUUCACCACCACCAGCUUUUUUUUUUCGGCGUUCCUUGUUGGUGACGAUACCAUCAUCGGCGCGAGUCCAGCUUUCGCUCCCGAACCGUCUGGUCACCUUACCUCCUCUCAUCCUUUACUCUCUCUCCAAGCACACCUCCCUUUAUUUUCUUUUUGUUUACAAACACUAACCGUACACGCAUUCCGGAAACGUCCAUCAUUCACACCCUUUCGCCCUCGCACGUGUUCAGUCCGAUAGUACUUGGUCUCAGUCUCUGACACAUUCAUGGCUAUUAAUAUGUUUCUACUUCUCUACUGAUAUGCUUGGUAUUUGUACCAAUGUGCUUUAUGUAUUUUUGUAGUUGAUUAUCUUUUUGUUUAUAUAUAUCGCACUGAGCUUUCUGUAAUUUUCGGAAAAUGUGCUUUGACAAUUAUUUAUUGUUAUUGUUGUUAUUAUUUUUUACAGACCUUUAAACGCAGGGACUAUAAACACUAAAUUAUAAUAAAGAAAGAUUUCACGAGCUGACCUCAUCUUGUCAUUGCCCCCAAGCAUGUAAAUUCAGCGAUGUGGUGUGUUUAUACAGCUGGAAUUUAUGGUACAAACACUCCCCACACAAACACACAUAAUCUUUAUCAACUCAAACUCACACACUGAUUCGUUGCUACUCUUCACACACAAAUACACCCAAACGCCAUAUGCAGUAGGACAUGCUUGUCCUUUAUAUGUACCAAUACUUGUAAUAACAAGUAGUUAGCAUUUACUUAUCUUUCUUUUGUUUUUACGAAAGUGUUAAAAAAUGUUUUAUCGUCUUUUCAUCCCACAGACCUCGCAGGCCCUUAGAGAAAUACUUCUGGAUUGUGAUUUGUUUAUCAAACACACAUACAUGCGCUACAAACAGCGUGUAACAAGCGCGAAUCAUUUUUGAAAAAAAGUAGUUUAGGCAAUGCCUGCCUCUUCAUCACAGCAAGAGAUGUGAUAAACAGCGGGAGCUACUGCAAUCAUCCUUCUUAUGGAUUGGUCCAUUUUUUGAUGACGUCACACGGUUUGCGUCGCUUUCCACGAGAGCUCCGCCCGUGUCCCCAUUGCACGCUGAACAGCGACAGAGAAAGGUUCAAAGAGCGAGGCAUUGAAGAAAGAUAACUAUUUUCUCCAUAGAAAACGAAAAAAACAAAAGGACUUUACAAAAAUUACAUUAAGAUGAGUAACCAGCAGCCAAUCAAGGUGUGUGAAGAAGCCUUCCUCCGCUGUGCGCCGUGGACACCAAUUACCUUCAGACUGCAACGAUACCGGAUAGUAAAAACAGGCGAGAAAAUACAUUUUGUUGAAGCUAUAAAGUGUUUGGAGGCUUUUGGUAUUCGCAGUGAUAUUGACUCUGUGUGCGCACAUCUGAGAACAUUUAAAGAUUCUGAAAUCGCCAAGAGAGUGUUCUGUAAUAUUCGUGAACGACCACAACAAGAGCCUUGGAGCUUACCUGCUGCUGUCGACCUUUCUGUUUCCGUGGAGGCAAAAGACACCAUGGCGUACCGAGCUAAAAAGAUCUUUAAGGAGUUCUUGCGUGUCUUCCUUAGUCUCUGCCAGAACCUCAUUGAAGAUAAUCAGUCUCUUGAGCAGAGACUGAAAGGCGCUUUCAUUGAUGUUUUCGAAGGACUGACAGAUUCUAAUUUCAGUCUUGAGCCUCACUGGAGCAAAAAACGCAUACUCAAGCAAAGCUCUAUUUGUUAUGCAAUACGUCUCGUCCAUCGCUCCCACAGAGAAUUUCCAGACUAUUACAAAACGAUGAUCAGUGAUCUGGCCUUCCUUGCUCCUAAAAACUGGGGAAUGUACCAGCGAGGAAAUAAGUAUAGAGGACACUACACAAAAUGGGAUAUACCUGAAACAUUUAGCGGAUUUGAAUUGGACACCGAAUCUGACACACCAAGAGAUUGGGAUGCCAUGCAGGGAGAAAGGAUAGUUGAUGCUGAGAGGUCUACAUUACUGUCUCGUUACAAACGUACAAGAUUGGCGGAUUCGUUUUGUCCGCAGGAAGAAGGAUCGUCUUUACCUAAGAUGAGUCGCACAGAGCGCUCAAACUUGACAUUGCGACAAUUUACACCAUCUGACAUUGUCGAUGAAUCUCCUCCCUCCUCUCGGGCAUCAUCGCCAUUAGAGGAGGAAUCACUUAAUUAUGAAGGACUUGACAUCAACAGAGAAAGUGACAAUAUCGAGGACGACGUGGUGACGAGAAAUACGCCAAACAUGGACACGGAUAGACCGCUGAUCUUUAUUUCUCAGCCUUCUACCUCUCGUGAAGAUGAAGAACCAUCGACUUCCAGACAAGGGGCUACGACUCUGGCGAUGCAAGAAUCGACUUCUAGACAAGAAGAACGACCAUCGACGUCAUAUCAAGGGCAACAAUCUUCAGCUACUCUUAAUGACCCAGAAGUAAGGAUUGAAGACGCUCCGACCAUAUCAACUGUUCAAACAAACGCUGGACUCGAUGUCCGUGAUGACCUUUCUGUACCAUCCACGAUGCCUGAUUUGAACUCGGCACAAGAGGAAGAAACCACACCUCAAGGCACGAGGGACGUUACAACAGAAAGGUCAGCAGGCGUCAGAGUCGUGCAGACAAAUGACAUAACCGUUUCUUCUGGUUCUGCUACAGGAGGCUGCAGACAAACAUCUUUUGCAAUGGAAAAUGCUAGAAUAUUGAAGAAAGCAUCGCAGACGCCUGAUGCUGCCUGGUUUUUGGAUGAAUGUAUUGCAGAAAUGAUUGAACAGAAAUUCAAGCAGAUGCGAAAGAAAUAUGACAACUGAUGAUUUCACACUCACUUUAACAAACUUUAUAUUGUGACUGAUGGCUUUGUCAGUAGUAGAAUGUCAGAAAAAAAAUUUUGUGAACACGGCAACAACUGGAGCAAAUGGAUUUUUACUAUGUUUCAAAAAUGGUAAAGUUUAUUCAUUUGUCAUUUUUCGUGUAGAUCAAAUUUUGUAGAGUUCAUUUUUACUUAGACCUUUUUUCUCCUUAUAUUUUGGUACCGUUGUGGCUAUUUCACGACUUUUAAUCAUUUUCUAACAUUCGAUCUUGUUCAAUAGUCUCUUGCUUUAAUCUCACAUACGCACUGAUUUGCGAUCUGAUCUUUCAUUUUUUCUCUGCCUUUGUUUAUGUUGUGCUUGUAAUUUUGACAUAUUUAUCUUAAGCUCUUGUUUUUUUUUCUUCUAAAAUGCAGGUUCACGUAAAGGACCAAAACACAUUAUAGCAUCUCUUUAAAAUGUGUAUUCUUCUCACAUUCUGUUUUCACACACACAUAUAUAUAUAUAAAGUUUCCUCCAAAGGAACUUUUUUAGCUUAAUCAUAAUAUAUACAUAACUUACAAUAUUUUGCUAUUUUUCGAUAUUUUGCUUUUUUCUAUCCGGUGCUGGUGUUGGUAUUUUUGUCGCUAUGUAUAUCACAUGGAAAUUAAUGACCAGCCUACAGUCGCUGUGUUUGUAGAAGCCGUUAUUCGCUGUGCGCUGUAGUCGUCAGCACCUUAUCGUAGUCAGCAAAACAGCGACAUCGUCAACCUGUCAAAGGAUGAGAAAAGACAUUUUUGAACCAGUCAAAGCGUUACAGAAUUCUGUGGCUGUCAAUUUGGUGAUUUUGUGAAUAUUUUGUUGACAUACUUAUCACAUGCUUUUGUUUUUUUUUUUUUCAAACGUUUUCCAGUAAUUGACAUAAGUACAUUAUGGCAUUUAAAAUUUUUUUUUAAUUUCUAACGGUGAGAUUUCAAUAAUAUGUACAAGAUAUAUGGAUGUGAUUAACAGAGAAACAAAGUGUCAGAUUCAAAUUUUGUAUGCAAAGGACUUGGAUAACCUGUUAAUGUAUUUCAUACUUAUAAUUUGAUUAGUCCAUAGGGUCGUGGUGUAUGCCAGCUUGGACUUUUACCGCACACCUGUAGGACAUGUCACGUGUACAGUAAGACAGUUUAAACUGUUGCAGUUUUACAUUGAGGUAGUUACACCUGAUCUGAUUUCAAGUUGAUAAAAAUUGGGAGUCUCCUUGCAAAUAGAAUUGCAAACAAAGAUUGAAACUGUACUUCUGUUUUCUCUUCUUCAUUCUCUCUGUUGUUAUGUUCUUUUGUCAUUUUUUCUGAUGUAGUUACGCCUCAUCCCGUUUUAAGUUGAAUAAAUUUUGGAUUUUUGAAAAACCAUCGUAGUCGCCUUGUAAAGAGAAAUGGAUAGAAAGAUUGUAAUUUUGUUUCUCUUUUCUGUUCACCCCUUCUCUCUCUCUCUCUUUCUGUUUUCUGUAUAUCGGAAAGUGCACAUGCGAAACACAGCUGACAAACAUGAAUUGCGCGCGCAACUUCCCGAACUCUUCAAUAAACAUAAGGAGAAGAGCAAAAGGAAAAAAGGAGAAACUUACUAAAGUUGGGAAGUUGUUAGUGGGAUUAGUGAAUUAUUACCGUCGUUAUGUCACUAAUUUCGACACCAUCUCAGCCAUUUUGUUAGUAAAAACAAGUGGCUGACUGGACAAGAUGAAGAAGACAUCCGACACUCUAAAGACCAGCCGAGCAUUAAAGGAGGUUACCAAGAUGUCAAACGGGUGUGUGUGUUGAUUGCAGUGCCAGAGGUUGUCGCGUAACUCGAUCGGGCGUUGCGAGACUCGCUCUCUCACAUACACACUCGCAAUCACACAGACAAACCUCGGCGCGCCCGACGCGAGCAGCGAAGCCAAUCAUUCCUCAGUGGACACAAAACGCGCACACGAAACGAGAAGACAAAACUAAAGUUUAUUGGCGGAGGUAUAGUGCAUCCACCAGCUCAAAAAAAAAAAAAAUAAUAAAAUAAAUAAAAUAAAAUUAUGGAAGAACGGAAAGAAAAUGAACACAAAACCCCUUUCAUACAGGUGGCCAAACAAAUCAAAUAGGGGAAAGCCCCACCAUAACACGCACGCACAAAAAAACAAAACAAAAACAAAAACAAAUCAGACACACACCCACGAAGGUGUCCACCCUCCCCUCUAGCUAAUGGCGCUCGCGUGGUCCGACGCAGCUCUCAACUGUCAUCGCAGUUCAAAAGGUUAUUCCCCCCUUCCAGGCCACUGCCUGAGUCCCCCGCCGUUCACAGCUGUUAUAUUUUAGUGUCCUGACUGAUGACGAAAAGAAUAUAAGACUACGAGACAGAGCCGUUAUGUUUAUUAAAUAUCUCAGACACACACAAGAGUGGAGAACAAGGGGCAUAACUACGUUAUUAUAACAACAACCACGGACAAUUACAGUGUCACACCCUCUGCUAUUACCAUGAACACAGUUCGUCCUCGCGACUCGAAUGUCGGGGCUUGGCCAACGGUCUGGUCACAUGCAGGUGGUCAACGGCAGUCCGUCCUCAGUUUGCUGACUGUUGAUCCUUGUGCGUUCACUUUUCCCUCCGAUUGAUCGAGUGUGGUGACUGAGCCUGCAGAAAGUGAUGUACAUGAGCAACACAUGUAUAUAAAAUCACAAGGAUGGCCUCUCAAGCGUCUCUUGUUCCGUUCCAACAACAGCGUCGUCUGCCCCGACAGACGCGAGACCUUAUCUACGCAAAGAGAAUUCCCUAACAUUGUCGUAGACGCUAAGCGCAUUACUACACAA